AUGCUGUAUAUGACAAACUUUGAUUUGAAGGUCCAGGCACCCUGGCUCCAACACUUCAUCCAGAAUGGUGAAGGGCAGUUCUACAUCUACCCAAGGAUGCACAGCGUGACGAUGGGCGGCACACCAGACAAGUGCAGUUCAAGUUUAUUAGAAAAUAUCAUUGCAUCAUAAAAUGAGAUGCUCUUUACAUGAUGAUGAGGAAUACUCUGAAAUAAACAAAACUACAUGAUGAUAAUAUAGAAAGGGGGAUGCCCAGGUUCUACCACUAAGAACUACAAAAACUGUCCACAUGUUCACUACAGGUUAAAUCUGUAUGCUCUUUGGAGGAAAGACAGUUGAUGUCUUUGUGCGACUGUUUGGUACCGUAGGCAGGUGGACGACGGGCGCUUGGUGGAUCCAGGGGACAGCCAGGGCAUCGUGGAGUGCUGUAAGCAGGCUGGAGCCGUCCCUGAGCAGGGCCAGGGUCCUGGGGGUGUCUGUGGGGCUGAGACUCGGUCGGAAGAACGUCCGGGUGGAGAGAGCGCUUGUCCUCCUAGGGAGCCGACAGGUACCUGCGGUGCAUAA